UACAGAGCUGUUAUUGAGAGUAGUGAGUUUAGUUUUACUUGGUGCGUUCGGCUGGUAAGAUUUCCAUUUCUUGCUGUGAAUCGAAGAGAAUCGGGCAGGAACCUGUUGUUUUACAUGGUGUGAAAAUCGGUCUCUUACAUCAAGGGAAGAACACAGAUCGAUCGUGUCUGAGAACAGAUUACUUAGGAGAAUAUUUGGACCUAAGAGGGAUGUAGUGAAAAAUACCACAGAAAAAAAAGGACCAAAACUUUGAAGACCUCUAAACAAGUGACAUGAGAAGAAGAUCCAGUGACGAAGAGGAUGAUGCUGGAAUUGUUCGUGGAGCCACCUCACGAGCAUCCGGGGAACUGUCGCGGUUGUGGCGUCUGGAGACGCAACAUCAGGAGGCUUUGACCGGUACCACGGCGACGUGGGGUUGGGAGGCUGCGAGAGGAAACACGAAUCCGAGCGUUGCCAUGGAUACGAGUAGCAGCUUCCCCUUCUCCGGGUCGUCCAGCCAGCCCCAGCAGCCACAAGACCUGGUCCAGCAACAACUACAGCAGGUCCCGGGUCGCCGGACCCCUUUGGGUGCCGUAGGACUCGGGGGAUUCUACUUCUCUUCGUCUCCGUCAUGUCCUCCGCCCCCCAAUAAUGGGUCAUGCCCCCUCCAGGCCGACGAGAACAGACCAGAGUCAGCUGGGUCGCACCACCAAAAUCAGCAGAUGGGGCAGAGAUCAAAUCAACAUCAACAGAGAUCUUCAGGUAUGGGCGGAAUUGGAGGUGGCGGUGGAAGUGUUAGUAAAUCCAAAUCCCGCCAGGGUAAGAUGGUGCGACUCAACAUCAACGCAAGAGAACGAAGAAGGAUGCACGAUCUAAAUGAUGCUUUGGAUGAACUGCGUAGCGUAAUCCCUUACGCACAUUCUCCUUCAGUGCGUAAACUCUCCAAGAUAGCAACACUUCUGCUCGCCAAGAACUUUAUUCUUAUGCAAGCAAAUGCACUGGAGGAGCUUCGACGACUCAUAGCUUACCUUCAACAAACUGUGGCAGCGGCGGGAUUAGCACCGGCUGGUGGGUACGCUGAUCUGGCGGGGUUCCCCGCAACGCCAACUGCUACGAAACUACAACAGCAGGCUCAGGUAGCAGCUACAGCAACCGCCCAGAGAAGCUCCAACGCUUCUGUAGUGGCCCCUGGAACAGCUUCGGCGUCUUGAAUAGACAGAAUUAAUAUUUAUUUACAAUUUCAGUAAAUCACAAAGUUUAGGAAAACAAUUGGACCAGCAGAAUAUAAAAUAAUAUGCAAGUCAGUCAGUACGCCUGUUCUUACGAAUUAACACAUAGGAUGUUUUAAAGACUUUGGGUAACUUCAAACUUUGGCCUUGAAAUGUUUCUUUUUUACUAACGAAACGCUGCAUAGGUGCACUACUGGCUUCUUGCUGUAUAUGUGGCAUUUUUAGUGAAAGUAGUUAUUACCAAUAUGUUAGCCUGUUACUCGAACAUAAACACAGAGAUACUUUUUACUUUUCUCGAUGAAUGCAGCACGGAAUUUAAUGAUGAAACGCAAUGCAUGUUGAACGGAGUCCGCAAAUUGUUAAAUUGAAAUUUAUUAUAAAUUCUUGCAUCUUAAUGAUGCGACUUCACCAUUGUCAUUCAAAAUUAUUAAAAAUGGAAGCUCUCCUAAGUACGUAAAAUAAGAAGAUUUCUGUCUUGUGGGUUG